AUGUUACUGACAAUCAGAUAUUAGGGCAGAGUAAAAUAAAUGAAUUUGGAUAGAAGAAUAAAUGUUUAGUCUUUAUAAAUAUUAUUAGGACAAUUAUUUAGUAUAAAGAAUAAAGUUAUUGGAUUGAUUGAUUCAGAUGGUAAAUCUUAAAUAAUUAAAGCGUAGGCAAUUAUUUUGAUUUAGUAUAAUUUGUCUAAUAAUUGAAUUAAACAAGGUGCAAAAAUUUCACAUUAGUAAGUGAUGAUGACUAACAUAUGACAGAUAAUAAGUUAUAUCAAACAUCUUAGAAAUAUAGUGUAACUUCAGAUUAUAACAAUAAGCUUCAUUUUAUUGAUUUUAUUUAUGAUAUGGAAGAGUUUUAGAAUAUGCUGAGCGAUGAUCAAUACACUUGCAUUUAUAUGAUUGAUGAAAAUGAUGGAUAAGGAUUUGAUUUUCUAAUUGCUUUGGAGCCUAUAAUUAACAACCUAAAUACUUGGAUUAAUUUUUAUUAUUGUUUCAACAAUAGAUUGUAUGAUUAAAACAGAGAAUAUAAUAUUCAAAGCAAGACUUUAUAGGUGUACAAAGGAAUAAAAAGAAUUGUAUCAAUUCAAUUGAAUAAUGAUAAAAAAGUGAAGUAAAUAGAUGAAAUACUCUAAAAACUUGUUUAGACUAAAAUCUUGGGACAUAGUGCAAGGAAUUCAAACAUCAGAAAUUAAUCUUAAUUGACUUCAUAAUAGUCACAAGAAAAGAGAAGAAGCAAAUCUAUAAGAAAGUUGGUUGAAGAAUCCUAAAUUCAAAGCAAUUAGGUUUCCUACAAUUCUAAAUUAAUUGGUUCUCGAUAUAGUACUAGAGUAUAAGCAUAGGUUAUUUAACGUGAAGCAUCAAGAGGGAGCGAUAUACCUGAAGGUCAAGUUUCAUAUACUCAAUCAAAUCCCUAUGAAUCAAUAAUAAAUUAGUAAGAUCUGUUGUUUAGAGUUGUUACUGAAUUGGAAGACAAGGAAUUACUAGAUGUGACAAUGGCCAGAUUAGUCAAAAGACUUCUGAUUGAGGAGAAUAAGGAGAUUAUUGCUAUUUUGUUGUAGUAUUUUCAAAGAACAAUUGAUGUAUAAGGAUUAUCUGAAAGAUUGAAUAACAUAAUUGAAAGAUCUACGAAUCAAUAACGACCUGCUUCACCAUUUUAAAAUUUAAAAUAGACUAAAUAACCAGCAAAUAAUAAUAUUUCGGAGUUUGUGGGAGAUAUUAAAAAAUUCAUUAUGGAAAUUAAUAAUUACAACUUUACACCUGAAUAAUAUGGUAUUAUCAAUCAUUUGUGGAGUCAAAAAGAUUAAGUGGUUAUAAGAAUGUGUACAGAUAUUUAUAAUAAAGAAAUCAAAAAAGAAUAAGUCUCUUUAAAGCCUUUGCAACUUUAUGCAGAUACUAAAUUAAAUGAAUUACUUAAAUAAAAUUUCAAAAACUCAGAAAUUACUAUCAUUUAAGAACACAAAAAUUCAAAAUCAGGAUCCAUUUAUGCUACAUUGUAACAUUUUAGAUAUGAGACCAAUGUGAAUUAUUUUAUCGAUGAUUUGAGAAAAGCUCUAUAAUAAAUUAAUCAUUAAAAUCAACAUUUAACAAAUCCAGAAAAAUAAAAGAAUUAAUAAUCAAAGGAAAUCAGUCUCUUCAGAUUUUAAUCACCUAAGGCUCCAUCUCCAUUCUGCGUAUUGAUGCCAAACUUUUAAAAUCUAGCUAAUGAAUCUCUCUCGCCACCUCCUUAGCUAAAACCAGAGUAAUCGGAUGAAAAUAAUAACAAUUAUCAAUCUUAUGGGAAAAUAUCUGAUGAAUUAAAAAGAGUUCAACUAUUCCAAAACUUUCCAAUUUAACCAUUGCAAUAAGAGAAAUAGUAAGAAGUAUCACAGUUGAGUAGCUAAUAAAAUGAUUAAAAAUAAGAAUUGACUUAGAAGAAAUCAUAAAAUGUGGCUGCAUAAGAUCUAAUUUUUAGUGAGGAAAAUUUUAUUUAAAGAAAGAAAGAAUAGAGAAUUUAAUAUGAUAACAAGAUCUAAAAGUUCUAUUCUAUUCAAAUAGAAAAGGAGAUUAACUAAAAUUUUUAAGAUAUGUUAAGUUAAAUGGAUUUGGAUGAACAAAAGUUAAGAUAAGUUGAAUAAUUAUUCUCGGAUCAUAAUGAAUAACUUUAUGAAAUAAUUAAAGGGUUCGAAUCCUCUCGAAUUGUAAUGAAUACUAGAGCAAAAUUGAUGUAAAAGAAUCUAUAUUUUAAAUAGCAAAUUGCUCUCUGAAAAAUAAAAUGAUACUCAGGAUUAUAGAAAAACCAAGAUGUAUAAUUUAUUUAUGAAUUAAGUGAGGUAGUUUACAUUAUAAAAACAUCUAUAAGAAAAUGAAAAAGUGUUUCUAUUGAAAAUGUUUAAAGAAAAUGAUUUAUAAGUAUUGGGAACACUGGAAACGUAUUUGUAAAAUCAAGAUGCCUAAGAUAUGUUGGAAACCCUUUAGAUGAUCAUUAAAUAAUAUAGUAAAUUCACCAACGUACUUAUUACAUCCAUCAUUAUUAGAUUAAUUAAAUUGGAUCUGACUUAUCUCCAUUGGAACAGCCACAAUUAAACACACCUUUCUUGGGAGCCAAAGAGAUAUUAUCAAAAAUAAAACAAUACUUUUCAGCUGAAGAGAAAAGCAGACUAGAAACCAUUGCAAGUGGCUAGGGUGAAAACAGCAUACUCGAACUCUAUUCUCAAUAUUAAUAGGAUGAGGAUUUGAAUGGAUUUAUAGCAGCAAUCAAAAAAUUAAGUUAAUAGGAUUCCCCUAAAAAAUUGCAUCAAUCCAUUGCUUUUGAAGACCUAUUAAAAAAACUAUAAAAAGAUGGUUAAUUAAAAAUUGAUGAUUAUAUGUUGAAUGUGAUAAGUAAGAAAAAAAAUGAGUAAAGAAUUAAGGGUGUUUUUGAAAUCUAUUUGUAUUCCAAGAAUAUUGAUGAUUUUGUGGAGAGCAUCAAAAGCAUAUUAAGACUAUUGCGGUAAUGUAAUAUAAUUUAUUAUAUGAGUAGAAAUGAUCUAAUAAUUAUUAGAGCAGUUUGAGACGGAGAAUCUCUUAGCUGAAAAUCAAUUAUUGAAAUUAAAAGAAAUUGCUCAUGAUUAUCAUAAGGACUACGCUAAAUUAGUAGGAGCAUUCUCAUUGUAUUGGGAAUAAUCUCAAACAGACCCAGAAGGAGCAAAAAAUGAGAUUUUAGAAACCUUAAAUAUAUUUGUUGAAUGA